UUUUGACGAUGUUUUCUCUUUUUUUCUGCUCCCCAUUGAGCCUAAUGUAGUUGAAGUGCACAGGUGCUAUACAACUAAACCUGACUUUAGUGGUCACUUUGUUCCUUAUUGUGUGUCUGAUGCAACGGUGCUGAAUUAUCUGGUUGCAUCAGCUGUUUGGUCCUUGCUUAUUUAGUUCCGCCUAUCAACACGCCCUUGUCCCUGUAAUAAAUAUCGAUUACCACCGCUCACAGGGACCAGUUUUCUGCUUCUCUCUCCCUGCUGCUGCCUGUUCCCCGGACCGAGGUGCCCACCCUAUCUCCUUCGGUGUCAGAAGACCAUGGAGACAGAAAUUGAACAGCAAGAAGAUACUUCAUUCGGCAACACAGAGACUAACGGUAAGCGCCCUGCUGAGGAUGCAGAUGAGCAGAAAUCAUUCAAGCGCUCUAGGAACUCGGACGAGAUGGUUGAGCUUCGCAUCCUCCUGCAGAGCAAAAAUGCAGGAGCUGUAAUUGGGAAGGGUGGAAAAAACAUCAAAGCCCUUCGUACAGACUACAAUGCCAGUGUGUCAGUCCCAGACAGCAGUGGGCCUGAGCGCAUCCUGAGCAUCAGUGCCGACAUCGAGACAGUUGGAGAAAUCCUGCUGAAGAUUAUCCCAACACUGGAAGAGUACCAGCAGUACAAUGGCAUGGAUUUUGACUGUGAGCUUCGCCUGCUGAUCCACCAGAGCCUUGCUGGCUCAAUCAUUGGAGUGAAGGGAGCCAAGAUCAAGGAACUCAGAGAGAACACAAAGACCAGCAUCAAGCUGUUUCAGGAGUGUUGUCCUCAGUCGACAGACCGGGUGGUUCUGGUUGGUGGUAAAACGGAGAGGGUGGUGGAGUGUAUCAAGACUAUGCUGGAGCUCAUCGCUGAAGCUCCCAUAAAGGGCCGUGCACAGCCCUACGACCCUAACUUCUACGACGAAACAUAUGAAUACGGUGGUUUCACCGUGAUGUUUGAAGAGAGGGGAGGCGGUCGCAGGCUUAUGGGAGGGUUCCCCAUGCGAGGGGGCAGGUCCAGUGGUGGUGGAGAACGUGGGUUUGACCGAAUGCCCUCUAGCAGAGGGGGACGGGGCCCCAUGCCUCCCACUCGCCGAGAUUACGAUGAGAUGAGCCCCCGGCGAGGACCUCCUCCACCCCACCCGAGUAGGGUUGGCAGGGGGAGUGGCCGUGGACGCAACAUGACCAUGGGUCACCCACACAGAGGAGGAGAAGACCGUUACUAUGACUCGUACCGUGGCUCAGAUGACAGGACAAAUGACAGAAGAGGCAGACCAGAUCGCUAUAGUGAUAACAUGAGUGGAGGAGGAUAUGACAACAGUUCCUCCUGGGAUAGCUACCAGUCCGGUGGACGUGGCUCCUAUAAUGAAAUGGGUGGCCCGGUCAUCACCACACAAGUGACGAUCCCUAAAGAUCUGGCUGGCUCUAUCAUUGGUAAGGGAGGCCAGCGGAUCAAACAGAUCCGCCAUGAGUCAGGAGCCUCCAUCAAGAUCGACGAGCCUCUGGAAGGUUCUGAGGACCGAAUAAUCACCAUUACUGGCACCCAGGAUCAGAUCCAGAACGCCCAGUACCUUCUACAGAACAGUGUGAAGCAGUACUCUGGUCAUUUGCUGUAGACCCAGGAGACUCAGAUUGAAGCAGACUCAGAUUGCCCCCCCCCCUCCCCCUCCCCUCAACCUUUCUGCCCCUGUCCAACACAUCCCCUUCAGACUAUUAUUCUGGAUUGUGGGUGUCUUUUUUGAAUUUUAUUUUUGUAUUUUUUAAUGAAAUAGAUGUCCAACAUUCCUGUGCAUAAAAAGAAAAUGUAGAUGUUCUGCAUUUUUAAGAGUGUAGUCCAUUAGAUUAUCAGAUACACUUCUUUCUUUUUCUUUUUUUUUUUUCUAACACUCAUCUAUCAAAAAUAUUCUUCAGUCUCCUGACAUACAGAAAUAAACAUAACCUUUUAUUUUUUGAUGGUUUUGAUUUUUAUGACUUGUAUGUGUAUGUUUGUGUCUCUGGUUUAAAUCUGUCCUGAGUGUGUGCAUGCAUGUUGGCGUGUGUGGGUUGGGUGUGCUUUCUCUUGUCUAUAUCGGUCCCUUCACACACAGUUGUAUCGCAUUACUACUCUGUACAACAUGCAGAAUGUAAGCUCCUGUUUUUUCCUAAAUUGAACCUUUUUUUCUUUUUUUAGAAAUGUGGGAAAUGUUACCCAUAUGAAUGGAUUUGGGGAUGUUUAAGUUAGGACUCUUGUACUCACAAGAUACAGGACAGUCUGACUAAGUUGUAAGAAUAUACAUGGUAGUUGUGUGAUGAAAUGAAUCUGAAUAAUUUGAGUAACUCACAAACUGAAACUUGUAGCUAGAAUUUCUUUUGACAUUUUAUUAGAGUUGACAAAUGAUAUUGAACUUAUAUAUCAGUAAUUUCCUGUGCUCUACACUUGUUUGCUCUCCAUGCUGUAGACUUCACAUUGUCAAAUUGUAAAAUGAAUAAAGAUGGUGCCACUUUUUACUGAA